GGAGUUUUGGCCAGGACUCCGGAUCUCCCAUUGUACCCCCAGCAGCUCACGCCUUCACAAGCACCAUGACCUGUGGAUCUGGAUUUGGAAGCCGCGUGUUCAGCUGCGCCUCCGCCUGCGGGCCUCGGCCAGGCCGCUGCUGCAUCACCGCCGCCCCCUACCGCGGCAUCUCCUGCUACCGCGGCCUCACAGGAGGCUUCGGAAGCCGCAGCGUCUGCGGGGCCUUCCACACAGGCGCCUAUGGACGCAGCUUCGGAUACCGCUCUGGAGGGGUGUGCGGCCCCAGCCCGCCCUGCAUCACCAGCGUGUCGGUCAAUGAGAGCCUCCUCACACCCCUCAACCUGGAGAUCGACCCCAAUGCGCAGUGCGUGAAGCACGAGGAGAAGGAGCAGAUCAAGUGCCUCAACAGCAGGUUCGCUGCCUUCAUCGACAAGGUGCGCUUCCUGGAGCAGCAGAACAAGCUGCUGGAGACCAAGCUGCAGUUCUACCAGAACCGUGAGUGCUGCCAGAGCAACCUGGAGCCGCUGUUUGAGGGCUACGUGCAGACGCUGAGGCGGGAGGCCGAGUGUGUGGAGGCCGAUGGCGGGAGGCUGGCUGCAGAGCUCAACCACGUGCAGGAGGUGCUGGAGGGCUUCAAGAAGAAGUAUGAAGAAGAAGUUGCACUUCGGGCCACAGCAGAGAACGAGUUUGUAGCUCUGAAGAAGGACGUGGACUGCGCCUACCUACGCAAGUCAGACCUGGAAGCCAACUCAGAGGCGCUGCUGCAGGAGAUCGACUUCCUGAGGCGACUGUACGAGGAGGAGAUCCGAGUUCUCCAGGCCCACAUCUCAGACACCUCAGUCGUCGUGAAGAUGGACAACAGCCGGGAUCUGAACAUGGACUGCGUUGUGGCUGAGAUCAAGGCUCAGUAUGAUGACAUUGCUACCCGCAGCCGGGCAGAGGCCGAGUCCUGGUACCGCACCAGGUGUGAAGAGAUCAAGGCUACAGUGAUCCGGCAUGGGGAGACCCUGCGCCGCACCAGGGAAGAGAUUAAUGAGCUGAAUCGUAUCAUCCAGAGGCUGACAGCUGAGAUUGAGAAUGCCAAGUGCCAGAACACCAAGCUGGAGACUGCAGUGACCGAGUCUGAGCAGCAGGGUGAGGCGACCCUCAACGAUGCCAAGUGCAAGCUGGCCGGGCUGGAGGAGGCCCUGCAGAAGGCCAAGCAGGACAUGGCCUGCCUGCUCAAGGAGUACCAGGAGGUGAUGAACUCCAAGCUGGGCCUGGACAUCGAGAUCGCCACCUACAGGCGCCUGCUGGAGGGCGAGGAGCAGAGGCUAUGUGAAGGUGUUGGUGCCGUGAAUGUCUGUGUCAGCAGCUCCCGAGGCGGGGUCGUCUGUGGUGACCUGUGCGUAUCCGGCUCCCGGCCAGUGGCAGGCAGUGUCUGCAGUGCCCCUUGCACUGGAAACGUGGCGGUGAGCACCGGCCUGUGUGCACCCUGCAACUCCGGUGCAUCUUGCAGAGUGGGCUCCUGUGGCAUCAGUUCCUUAGGUGUAGGCUCCUGCACCAGCAGCUGCAGGAAGUGUUAGGCCCCCAGCUCCAGCCCAGGCCUAGGUCUCCACAUGUCUAGCUCAACCAGCCCAACCCAGGGGCCUGCAUCAAGGGCGUAGGAUUUCCAUGUGAUCCUUGCUCCUGGGCUUUUGCUGCACUGAGAUGGACUACUCCAGAAGUCACCUUGGAGCCCACAGGAAGACGACUUGGGCCUCCAGGACCAGGGCCAGGGCCCUCUCCUGAGCUAACAUGGGCUCAGUAGUUAGAGCCCCAAGCCUUUCCCCCUUCCUCCUCUGCUUUCUUCAUUCCUGCUUUGCUUCAUGAUUCCAAUAAAUCAAUGUAGCUA